AUGGAGGCAGUAUCUAAUAUAGCAAAUAUGCCACUCGUUAUUGAGACAACAUUUAAGACACUGGAUUUAAGUGCUAUUAAUUUAAUCAAAGAGGAGUUCACAAUAGACUAUUACAUUGAAUUUCAAUGGCGAGUGAAUGCAAACUAUUGUGUAAAAGCUGUGGAAAAGUUGGCGUCAAAUAAGACAGAUUUAACAAAACCAAUACUAAUUACCGGAAAAAGUAUAUCAAAGCAAAUAUGGAUUCCCGAUCUCAUCAUCGAAAGGGUCAGAGCUAUGGCCCAAACCCUUGAACCAGUGCUCACUAUCAAUAUAAUAAAUAGCAACUUUUGUCACUUAACAGUUAAUAAAAGGGAGUCGGCAACAGUGGGCUGUCCUCUGGAUCUACACGCGUAUCCAUUUGACACUCAAAUCUGUAGCAUUAAAAUGAGAAGUGCCAAUUAUCCGUCCAAUGAAGUUAAGUAUGAAUGGCUGUCCACUGAUCCCAAUGACAAGACUUCAGUCAACACAACACUAUCGCUCCCUAAACCUAUCAACUACUCCUACCUAAUGGUGACAUAUUAUUUUGUGCGACAAAUCACCACAUUUAGCAUUCAGUUCUUCUAUCCGACAACUUUGAUUGUAUUUAUAGCCUACUGUUCUGCUUGGAUCACAGUAGAAAGUGGCCCUGGUCGAUUUCUGCUAUGUAUUCUACCAUUUCUCACACUUGUGGCUACAUUUAAUGGCAUUAAAGGCACUCUUCCAUCCAUUUCUUAUGUCAUCGCGAUCGACAUCUGGUACAUGAUUUGCAUGAUGUUUGUGUUCACAGCGAUCGGUGAACUAACACUAGUUAACUAUUUGCACAAAAAGCGCUCAUUAAUUGUGGCCAAACGGAAACGAGACAAAGAGGAUCAGCCAAUCGCUGUCCAACACAUACCCAACGGUUUCGGUCACCGCAUAAUAACGACCGCCGAUAUGAUGGCCGGUCUGGAGGGCGACCAACAAAGGAGGCGCUCUUCAUACGCGCCCAAAGCCUUUUGGAAUCAAUUUAGUAAUAACUUUCACAUCAAUGUUAAUAAUGAUAAUAAUAAUGGCAUUCAUGUUAUGGCAGACAACGAACCUAUUGAUCGGGCCCUUCAAGUGGACCGAGUCUUUCGUGUUAUUUAUCCCAUUUGUUUUGCCAUUUUUGUGAUCGCCUUUUGGGUCACAUACAUGUCC